CCCGCAUAGAUCACAUGACCCACACGAAUGAGGAUGGAGGAGGACCGGAAGUUCAGAUCACUGAGAGGAUACUAAACCUCACCCUGGAGAUCAUCUACCUGACUGACUGGAGAGGAUUAUGUUGUAGUGAAGAAGAGUCUAGUGGGGAGCCAAUCUCAGGAGGAUUGAGCAGGACCCAGAGCCCCCACCAUGGUUCCUCCCAUCUCGUUCUCCGAUACCGGAGAGGAACAAAGAGCAGAAGAUCCUGGAACUGACCACCAUGAUGGUCCAUUUGCUGACCAGGAGAGGUUCCUAUAAGGUGUCAGGGUGUCACAGUCCUAUUUCUCCAUGGAGGAGUGGGAGUAUUUAGAAGGACACAAGGACCUCUACAAGGACGUCAUGAUGGACAAUCAGCCCCGCCCCCUCACAUCACCGGAUGGAUCGCUACGUCAUGGGAACCCACCCAACCAGAGAUGUCCCCGUCCUCUGUAUUCCCGGGAUUCCAAACAGGAAGGUCACACCAUCCCUCACCAUCAUCAGAGUGAAAACCUCAGAGAUUAUAAUAUUGUUGUAAAGAACAGACUAAGAAAAGAGGAUGAGGAGUAUGGAGGGAUGAUCCUUUCUAAGGGACCACAUAGACCUCUACAAGGACGUCAUGAUGGACUUCUCAGCCGCCCCUCACAUACCGGUCCAUGGCCGGGAGAUGAGGAAAACCUCCGAGGAUUGUCUCACUUUGUCUCCAGACUGGAAAGUAGAAGAUGAGGACAUCACACAGUAUAGUCCAGGAGAGAAAACCGGCUCCCUCCAAUGUCCAU